GCACCGCAAUGUUUCCCCAUAAUAAUGUUUUCUCUUAUAUUUCCUAUUUCAUAUUUAAUAAAUAAAAAUUGAAAACAAAUAUAUCCUAGUUGUAAAAGAAGAACUUUGAAUUUUUACUCAUUAUUACAUUUAUUUACAGACUUUAAAUUUUACGUAAAAAAAACAUUUAAGUGUCUCGAAAAAAUGCAAAGUGGCAAGGGUCUGAUAAUUCUGGCUGCGUGUUUGUGUUUGGUGAUGACUGAAGCUAGAAGGAAACUCAAGAGACAUGACAUAGAAGAGGAGAAAUCCACCGAAGAAUUCGACGAAGAUUACGAUGAUGUCGAGCCGUGUCAGUGUGGGGUGUUCAUGUCCCAGCAAGUGGGCGUCAAAGAAGGUCGACGCGGUAGACCUCGGGGCCCACCUCAAGGAGAGCCUGUCGUCACUUAUGAUACUGAUUCACCCAGUCUACCCUGUGGCUCGGGUGGCUUCAAGCAUUGUAUCAGUACGUGCCUUGAUGUAAUUUUGAAGUAUCUUCCCAAAGCGGGUCCAGUUAUCUGCGGAGCUGUAGAACGCGAUGUCAAUAGGGAAAAGGCCUUCUUGUUUGUGAAAAACUGUGGCGGCGACUGGAUUCCCACUAGCUUUUCUGCCGGCAAAGAAUUCUGCUGCACUAACGGAGAACAUCACAAAUGCUAAUACAAUCAUAAAAAGAUCGGUGAUUAAAAAAAAAAAAACUAUUUAUUCUUCAUUUUUGUAUAAGUUGUUUUUAAUUUGUAGCAGUUGUUCGAUGGCAACGGAAUAUGUCGUAAAAUAAGAGAGACAUUAGUAAUUACGCCCACCUACAUCACAUUAUUUAAUCGUUGUAUAUUUUAUUGUUUUGCAUUAAUUAUGUCAGUUAUAAUUUAAUGUGCAUAUCAUUAUUUCCUUAAUGUUUUCUUCUAAUUAAAACCGAGUAAUUAUUUUCA